AGGGAGCUGGAGGGACGCUCCGACCGCGGCCAGGAGGCUCUCGGGGGCCGGGGCUCCGAGUAGAAAAAGAAGAAGAAGAAAACAUGUCAGGACACAAAUGCAGUUAUCCCUGGGACUUACAGGAUCGAUAUACUCAAGAUAAGUCUGUAGUAAAUAAGAUGCAGCAGAAGUAUUGGGAAACGAAGCAAGCCUUUAUUAAAGCCACAGGGAAGAAGGAAGAUGAGCAUGUUGUUGCCUCUGAUGCAGACCUGGAUGCCAAACUAGAGCUGUUUCACUCGAUUCAGAGAACCUGUUUGGACUUGUCUAAAGCAAUUGUACUCUAUCAAAAGAGAAUAUGUUUCUUGUCCCAAGAAGAAAAUGAACUGGGAAAAUUUCUCCGAUCCCAAGGCUUCCAAGACAAAACCAGAGCAGGAAAGAUGAUGCAAGCAACGGGAAAGGCCCUCUGCUUUUCUUCCCAGCAAAGGUUGGCCUUGAGAAAUCCUUUGUGUCGAUUUCACCAAGAAGUGGAGACUUUUCGACACCGGGCCAUCUCAGACACUUGGCUGACGGUGAAUCGCAUGGAGCAGUGCCGGACUGAAUACAGAGGGGCAUUAUUAUGGAUGAAGGAUGUGUCACAGGAGCUUGAUCCAGACCUCUACAAGCAAAUGGAGAAGUUCAGAAAGGUACAGACACAAGUACGCCUUGCCAAAAAAAGCUUUGACAAAUUGAAGAUGGAUGUGUGUCAAAAAGUGGAUCUCCUUGGAGCAAGCAGAUGCAAUCUGUUGUCUCAUAUGCUAGCAACAUACCAGACAACUCUCCUUCAUUUUUGGGAGAAAACGUCUCACACUAUGGCAGCCAUCCACGAGAGCUUCAAAGGUUACCAACCGUAUGAAUUCACUACACUGAAGAGCUUACAAGACCCUAUGAAAAAGCUGAUUGAAAAAGAAGAAAGGAAGAAGAUCACCCAGCAGGAAGGUGCAGAGGCAACUGUGGAGGAGCCGAGUCAGUUAAUUUCAUUAGAGGAUGAAAACCAGUACAAGGAAUCCUCUAGUUUUAAGACUGAAGAUGGAAAAAGCAUUUUAACUGCCUUAGACAAAAGCUCUACACAUAAUGCAUGCUCAGAUGAACUAUUAGGCAUGAAAUCCGAGGAAGGUGCUUGCCUGGGCCCAAUGGUGGGGACCCCAGAACCCGAAGGUGCUGACAAAGAUGACCUGCUGCUGUUGAAUGAGAUCUUCAGCGCUUCCUCCCUGGACGAGGGUGAGUUCAGCAAAGAGUGGGCUGCUGUGUUUGGAGACGGCCGGCCAAAGGAGCCCGUGCCCGCUGUGGCCCCCGGAGAAGCAGACUCCAAGCCCCAGGCAGGCUCAGGAUUCCUUCCUUCACAGCUUUUAGACCAAAACAUGAAAGAUUUACAGGCCUCACUACAAGGCUGGUCAGAGAGCAAGGUCAAUCCUCCGCCUACUCCAUGGCCAGCACCACAGACAAGCAGUCCAAAUGACAACAGCCCUGCAACGAAAGAGCCUGCCAAGGCUGCCUCCUCGGACCUGACUGCCUGGUUCAGCCUCUUUGCUGACCUCGACCCGCUGUCAAAUCCUGACGCUGUUGGGAAAACCGAUAAAGAACAUGAAUUGCUCAAUGCAUGAGUCUGCAGCCUCACAGAGGGAGCCCGCGUGCCGCUCCUCAGCCACACACCUGGGGGCGCGCAGACGUACGAAGUGAUCAGUAUGCUGUUUUAAUAUUUACGUGCCAUUUUAAUAAAAUGAAAGGGUCAGAGGCCCUGUUUAUAUUGGUAUAAUUAUUUACUCUUAUUUGGUAUAGAGGGUUUGAGUGCAUUCUCUAUGUGGAUCUAACAAUACGGGAUUGUCUAGGAGCAAUUUUCUGGCUGGCUGCUCUCCCGCCAGUGUCUGCAUUAUGGCUGCUGCUGUGUCACUGGGCUACCGUGAGAUCCAGGUUCAAAUUGUGAACCUAUUCUGUGUUAGGCUUCAAGAACAAGUCCUGUAGCCUAAGAGGCAGAGGGAGGCUAGCAGAGCUUCAGUGCCUCCUCGUGUAGCCCCUGCCUCUGUCGCCCUGUAGGGGGGCUGCAGGAGGACUCCCCCUUCUUGCCAGACCACCUUCCAGUUAGCCCGGGAUGAAGCUCCGGCCGACCAAAGAUGGUGUCCCCCAGCUCUCGCGUGGUGGGCUGUGUGUUCUAUGGAAAGCAGCCAUAUCUGCAGAUGCCAGUGUUUCCUUUUGUCUUCUCUGUGGCUGGAAUUCAAAAGCAUGUAUUUCUGGAGUCCCUUGUGAUAUUAACUGUUUUUGGUUUGUUUGUUUUUUUAAUUAAAUGGCAGAGAUACUUGA